AUGAGUUCCACGAUCGAUUCGCAUUCACAAGCAGCUUCAUACGCGCGGAGUGGCUAUGGCAAUCGCAUGGGAUGGGGUGCCAGGCCCGUUCUCGUCCUGAUUGAUGUAUGCAAAGCUUAUUGGGAGCCCGGAUCACCCCUGAACUGCUCGGCUCAUGAGCCAACUACCAAAUGCCCUCAAGUAAUGAGGAAUAUGCUCGCUGCAGCCCGAGCUGCCGGUACUCCCGUCAUCUGGACUGCUGUUGAGUACACAGACCCCGAUAUGAAAGAUGCAGGUCUUUUUUGGUUGAAAUCCAAGUCUCUCAAUGUUUGGAAUGUUGCGGACACUCGGGGUCUCGGCGAUUGGGUCGAAGGGCUGGUACCAGAGACGAGCGAGAUGAUCAUCAAGAAAAAAUAUGCAAGCGCAUUUUUCGGAACAUCCUUAGCAACAGACCUUAGGGUCAUGGGAGCAGAUACUGUUGUACUAUGCGGUGUCAGCACAAGUGGUUGCGUCAGGGCUAGUACGUUGGAUGCAAUGCAGAACGGCUUUCGACCUAUGGUCGUCGGAACGGCGUGUGGUGAUCGUAGCGAAGAAAUUCAAAACGCUAACUUAUUCGACCUUAACGCAAAGUAUGCCGACGUUGUUACCGAGGAAGAGGCGAUUGAUCACUUGAAAGCAGGCUGGCCAAAGGAUUGA